CAGCUCUGGGUCCCGCAGGUCCCAUCCCCUCCACUCCUCCCUCCGAGUCGCAGCUCCCCACCCCUCCCCUGCCUGACCUUUGAGACGCCCAGCAGCCACCCGCCCGCCUCCCCACCCCCUCGCCGGAGAAGGAAGGGCUGGCGGCGGCCGAGCUAAGCCCGCUCCGGCCGGCCUCCCACCAGGGCGGCAGGAAGGGCACCGACCGCACCGUCCUCCGACCACCGCGACCUGCACGGAGACAACAGCUUACCGGGGUCUCAAGCCAGAUGCCGCACUGAAUUCGCGCCAUGAGAUCAUGUUGCAUGUUGUCUCUGUCGCCUUCAGUAGAUCCCCCAUGACCAUGUGUUCCAUUAAGAUUGAGUGUGUCCUGCCGGAGAACUGCCGGUGUGGGGAGUCUCCAGUGUGGGAGGAAGCGACCAACUCUCUGCUCUUCGUAGAUAUUCCUUCAAAGAAGGUUUGCCGGUGGGAUUCGCUCAGCAAGCAAGUUCAUCGAGUGACUGUGGACGCCCCAGUCAGCUCCGUGGCCCUCCGCCAGUUGGGAGGCUAUGUCGCCACCAUUGGAACAAAGUUUUGUGCUUUGGACUGGGAAGAUCAGUCAGCCAUUGUCCUGGCCACCAUAGAUCAAGACAAGAAAAACAAUCGAUUCAAUGAUGGGAAGGUGGAUCCCGCUGGGAGAUACUUUGCUGGCACCAUGGCUGAAGAAACAGCCCCAGGAGUUCUGGAGCGGCACCAAGGGUCCCUGUACUGCCUCUUUCCUGACCACCAUGUGGAAAAGUACUUUGACCAGGUGGACAUCUCCAAUGGCUUGGAUUGGUCCCUGGACCACAAAAUCUUCUAUUACAUAGACAGCCUGUCCUACUCCGUGGAUGCUUUUGACUAUGACUUGCACACAGGAAAGAUCUCCAACCGCAGAAGUGUUUACAAGCUGGAGAAAGACGAACAAAUCCCAGAUGGAAUGUGUGUCGAUGCCGAGGGGAAGCUCUGGGUGGCCUGUUACAAUGGAGGAAGAGUGAUUCGUUUAGAUCCUGAGACAGGGAAAAGACUACAAACUGUGAAGUUGCCUGUGGAUAAUACCACCUCCUGUUGCUUUGGAGGGAAGGAUUACUCUGAAAUGUACGUGACCUGUGCCCGGGAUGGAAUAGGCCCUGAGGAUCUUUUGCGGCAACCUAAAGCGGGUGGAAUUUUCAAGGUGAUCUGGCUAUUUCUUUUCAUUGAGGAUGAGAUAACUGGCCUGGGGGUCAAAGGAAUUCCUCCCUAUCCUUUUGUAGGCUAAGUGACAGGCCUUCUUUCCUACUGGGGGAAACUUUGCAGACAGCUAGAAAAUGCUGGAGCUGAAAUUUCUAUCUAGUUACCAAAAACUGAAGCAAUGAUGUUAUAAGAGAAUUACAUUUUUAUUUACUAUUUUUUAAAUGUAGAGAUUGUUAACAAGGAGUGGCAGGUGGGUUUGAUAACAUACUAUAAGGCCUUCUGCAAAGGUACUACAAAAAUGUCAAGAAUUGUUCAACUGUCAACCAGCCUCUUGAUUCUUUACAAAUUGCUGGUGGACAGGGGCAGAGGGAAGAAACUGUACCUGUUCUUUAUUCUGCAGUUCAUACUUACUAUGCCUAAAGCUUCGAACUAAUAAAUAGCAAUCUGCUAAAGAUCUACCACAAUUAUGUUUCUUUUUAUUUUCAUCAUAAUCUUAUAAAAUGUGCUGCAAUGGUAACCUACCUUCAUUUUACUCUUCCUAUAUAUUAUUUUAAAAAUUAAAUAAUGCUAGAGGAUGUGAAUUAAAUACUUUGGCAACAUCCAUGGUCCCAACUGCCACCUCAUAGAUAUAAAAGUAAUAUAUUACUUUGGAAAGAAUAUUUUUAAAAUAGCUUUAUUGAGUUAUAAUUGACCUAUACAUACUUAAAGUACACAAUUUGAUAAGUUCAUUCCCACAAGCAAGAUAAUGAAUCUAUCCACUACCCCCUUUCCUUUGGUUCCUCUGUAUGCCUGCUCCCAUCCCAAAGAAAUCAUUGAUCUGAUCUAUGUCACUAUACAUUAGCCUUAAAAUUUAUUUCUUUUUUAAAAAAUAUAUUUUAUUGAUUCUUUACAUAGAGGAAGGGAGAAGGAUAGAGAGUUAGAAACAUCGAUGAGAGAGAAACAUCGAACAGCUGCCUCCUGCACACCCCCUAUUGGGGAUGUGCCUGCAACCAAGGUACAUAACCUUGACCGGAAUCAAACCUGGGAUCCUUCAGUCUGCAGGCCAGUGCUCUAUCCACUGAGCCAAACCGGUUAGGGCUUAUUUGUUCUUUUUAAAAAAUGUUUUAGAUAUUUUAGUUCUUUUAGCAUUCCAUAUAAAUUUUAGAAUCAGCUUGACUACACAAAAUAUUCUGCUGCAAUUUUAAUUGAAAUUGUUUUAAAUCUGUAGAAUAAUUUGGAGAGAAUUGGCAUCUUUACUAUUUUGACACAACAUGUCUUUCCAAUGAUUUAGUUUUCUUUGAUUUUUUUUUAGCUAUAGUUGACAUACAUUCUUCGAUUUCUUUCAUCAGCAUUUUGUAAGUUUCAACAUGCAGAUCUUAGACAUGUUUUGUUAGAUUUAUAUCCAAAUAUUUCAUUAUUUGGAACUAUUGUAGAUAUGAUUAUUUAAAAAUUGUUUCCAAUUGUUCAUUGCUCAUUUAUGAAUGUAUGAUUGGUGUUUGUAAAUUGACCUAGUAUCUGACUUUGCUAAACUCAUUAGUUCUAAGAGUAUUUCUGUAGCUUCUCUGGAAUUCUUUGGCUCUAUAAAUUUGUCUUAUGUGAAUAAAGACAGCUAUAUUUCUUCCUUUAAAA